ACUAUGGCUUGACAUUUUUGCAGUCAUUGCAUAUCAAAAUUCAAAAUAUGAACAAGAUCUUCCAGAAAACACUUUUGAUUCUUUUGGCAUUCUCGAUAAAUUACUUGUUGCAUUUUCUAACAUAUGUUACAUUUUGUAGCGACAAGUGGAAGAACUGCUACGUCUUGAAUCAAUGCGUUAAUUAAUAUCCUAAAUUAACAGCCCCGGCAUUACCUGUCAUAGCAACGUGCAUGAAAUGGAUAAUCGCUGGAGUCCCGAAAUUCAACAUGUAGCCGAGAUUGUUAAAGGCAAGCUAUAUUUUGCCGUCACAUACAACGACGAAGUGGAACCGAUUAAGAACACUUUGGAUAUCUUCCACUUUAAUGUGGAUGACGAGUAUCAAUAUUUUAACUACUACAAUGAUUUUGGCCCUCUGAAUGUUUCCUGCUUGUACAAAUAUUGCCUCAAGUUGCACUCUUACAUGCAACAUUCACAACUCAAACGGAUUGUGCAUUAUACCUGUAGUGAUCCGGAUAAACGUGUUAAUGGCGCAUAUUUGCUCGGGUCGUAUUGCGUUGUGUUUCUGAGCAUGGAACCAAAAACAGUCUAUAAGAAACUAAUGGACGCUGGCGGAACAUUCAAGCAAUUUGUUGAUGCAUCGCAAGGGACAUCAAGAUACACUCUAAAACUUAUUGAGUGUUUGCAGGGCAUUCACAAGGCAUAUAUUCUUAAUUUUAUCAAGUUUGACGAUUUUAGUUCGUCCGAAUACGACUUAUAUGACAAAAUACAAAAUGGCGACUUUAAUUGGCUCGUGCCAAGAAAGUUUUUGGCUAUGAUUGGACCUUUAGACAAAGAAGUGACGCCUAAUGGUCACGCGCCUUCGUUUUACAUUAAAUAUUUCUUAAAAAAUGACGUUACAACUGUGAUAAGACUUAACAACAAACUUUACGAUUCUUAUGUGUUUACAAAUGCAGGGAUAGCCCAUUACGAUCUUUUCUUUCCGGAUGGUACCACACCUCCAAAGCACAUCCUGUUGAAAUUUUUACAAAUCGCUGAAAAUACAAGUGGAGCGAUUGCUGUUCAUUGUAAAGCUGGUUUAGGAAGAACUGGUUCAUUAAUUGGAGCAUAUAUCAUGAAACAUUACCAAUUUACUGCGAAGGAAGCAAUCGCGUGGAUGCGAAUGUGUCGACCAGGCAGUGUCAUCGGACAGCAACAAGGUUGGUUGGAGAAAAUCGAGCCGUGGCUCUGGAAAGAAGGUCGCCAAUACCGUUCGCAACAAUAUGGCGACGGUGAUAAGCUUCCCCAUCACAAGUUUGGCAUUUACAGCAAGACGUGGCAACAGAAUCGUAAAAAACAUCUAAUGAAAGUACACAAGCGAGCGAUGUCUGAAGGCCCAAACCGCAAUUCAAUGCAAGUAGCAGAUGAGGUAAUGCGGGUAAAAACACCAGAUGGAAAUAUGUCGAAUUUAGCAUCAAAUUCUGGUAUAAGCAACAAGGAGAACCUUGGGCCACGUCGGUGUGGACAACAAAGCUACUUAGACGCGAGAACACAAGGUGACAAAUUGAACGAAAUCAAGAUGCGGGCAUAUUAUAAUUCGUACGUGUCCAAUCACUCAAAUGCGUGUUAUGGUCGAGACGUCGGCUCACAAAACAUGUUGGCAAAUGAUCAAGCAUUACUUUAUAUGCCUACACAACCACUGCGACCACCUGCAUAUCGUGGUAUUCCUAAUGUAGCAUCCUAUGGCACUAAUGCCAAGAUAAAACAAUCAGUAGGAAGUGGCAUGUACGGACAUGCAUCAAGAGCAAAUAGAGUAAAUAUGUAUGCCGAAGCGGGAAAUUAAAAGAAACGAGGAACACGUCCUUAAUUUCAUGUUUACAAUUAAGGUACAUUAAACUCAUCAUUGCAGUAAA